AUGUCCAAUUCUGAUAAAGAACGAACAGAACGACGUCGUCGACGACGACAUACACAAUCUGCACGAACUGUUGCAUCCAGUGAACCACCCGAUACAAAGCGAUAUACAAAAUUGCUCGAAGAACGAUUACGAAAGGCAAAAUAUCUUCCAACAGACAAUGAACCUGUUGUAGCAAUGCAAACACGGCAUGUUAAUAAUCGACAACACGCAAUACCAUUUGCGCAACAGUUUGUCGAUCAACUUCUCGAAGAAUGUGAAUAUAUCAAUCGACGGAUUGUAGCUGAUCGUCGGAAAGAAGCCGAACAAACUGAUAAAGAGAAGGCGAGAUUGUAUCGUCAAGUCGAAGCGACACAUGCUAAGAAAGUUCGUGAAUUGGAAUUAUACAAUAGACAAAGUUUUAUUAAGGGACUGGUAGAUGAACAUCUGAAAGAAUCUACACCACAAGCUCAACUCCGUCGGAUUGAGCAGCUUGAGAAAAGCUAUAAGGAACUGAAACAAGAACAUGACACGCUGCUCGGACGUGUCAGACAAUGUGAAGAAAAACAUGGUGACGACAAAAGCAGACUUGACGAAGACAUCAGCAAAUUAGACAAUCAAUUCAAUCAAUAUCAUAUAGAACUGAACAAAUAUAAAAAUAAAGUAGACAAAACAAACGCUGAACUGGAUGAGAAAAUCACAGAAAUAUCUGAGCAACAACAACAACAUACAAUCUUCAUUCAAAAUCUUUCUCUUCAACAGAACACGCUCGAACAAUUAUCUCAAUAUAUUGAACAAAUUGUCAAUGAUCGUCAUUCUGAUCUUAAUAAACUCGAGAUUUUUGCAAGGCGUCUUGACAAUGUCAAAGAUCAACUAGAUGAAAUUCAUCAGGCUCUAUCUCUUCUUAAUCAAAUUCCUUCUCUCAAUCAAGAUCUCAUUGAAAUUCGAAAUCUAUUAAUUCAACCGAAUGUUAUGAAAGAUCUGAGUUUACGUCUCGACCAAACACAAAACGACAUUGUUGGUCAUGCGAACAAACUCGAUCAAUUGAGUCAAGAACUCAAUCAAACAAUUAAUUGGAUCAAUACAAAUAACUCGACAGAAGUUCUUCAACAAUUACAAUUGAUUAAAGAAGAAUUGAAAUUGAAAUCAUCGCAAAUUGAUCAAUCAAAUACGUUGACAACGAAUAUUCUUGAACAAAUUUAUCAAUUACAAAACUCAUUAACAAAUAUUACUGAAGAAUAUGCUAAUUUUCAGAAAAAGCUUGCAGAAAUGGAAAUUAAUGAUCAGAAUGUAAUCAAUCAAUUAGUUACAAACUUUGUGAAAGCAAAUAUGACUCAAUUUGUUGAAGAACAAAAUCAACUUCGAAAUAAACUUCAAGAUUUAAUCGACAAACAACAACAAUUGAGUAAUCUGAUCAGUGAUUUAGAAAGUCUAAGAUCGAGUAAAUCUACAGAUGAACAGGAUCAACAUAACUCGAAUCAGUUCGAUCCGGAAAUACUCAACACGUUCUUAGAAAAUACAAAAAUAGAAACUCAGAAUCUACUAUCAACUCUUUCUCAACAACUUAAUGAAGAGAUUAAACACGCGAACAUAUUUAUCAAUGAUUUAAAAUUAAGAUUUGACCAAUUUCUAAAGAGUCAAAAAACAGCUUCACCAUCAGUUAACAAAAGAAUUCCUUAUAUCGAAUCAUUGGCACCACUUGAUUUGCUCGAUGAUACGUGGAAUUAA